GAAUGUAAGAGCUGCUUGUAGGCUGAGCGGUGAAGGAGGAGGAGGAGAAGAAGAAGAAGAAGAAGAAAACUGUUCUUCUUUUCAGAGUUUUUUUUUUUUAAAUUUUGGAAAUAAACUUGUAUAUUACUGCUGCUGAGAUUGAAAUAUCUGCCAUAUAAACCUGGUGCUGCUAUCGAGACACUUCUGCGGAUCUUCUACGCGUUUGGAUCGCGGUUUCAUUCUUUUCUUUAAGGGAUAUAUCACAUUUCUGUACUCUUCCUCCAUCACCACCACCACCACCAUCACUCCUACCACAGCUCCAUCUCCUCGCCCAGAGCCCAGGCAGGGUGUGAUCCUCGCGCCCCAGAUUUGCACCAUGAGCCAGGCGGACGUGUCCACUUGCUCUGCGCCGCAGCGGGUUUUCCAGGAGGCGGUGCGCCGCGGCAACACCAAGGAGCUGCACUCCCUGCUGCAGAACAUGAGCAGCUGUGAGUUCAACGUCAACUCGUUCGGACCUGAAGGCCAGACCGCGCUGCACCAGUCGGUCAUCGAUGGAAACCUGGAGCUCGUCAAGCUGCUGGUGAAGUUCGGAGCGGACAUCCGGCUCGCCAACCGCGAGGGCUGGAGCGCGCUGCACAUCGCCGCGUUCGGGGGUCACCAGGACAUCGUGCUGUACCUCAUCACCAAGGCCAAGUACUCCAAUGGAGCGCGGUGAUGCAUGGCAUGCAACAUCUCUCUCUCUCUCUCUCUCUCUCUCUCUCUCUCUCUCUCUCUCUGGCCAAAACUUCAGAGAUCGCGGCUCAUUUUUAUUCACCUAAAACCAAAUUAGCGCUAUAGACCUGGGCUUCAAACGGAUCAAAUAUCCUUUAACUAACUCCUGAGUGAUCUGACAUGCACGUGCAUUGGUACUAAAGCUUUUUUUUUCUCUCUCUCUCUCUUCUUUCUUUUAUCGCCCUGAUUGUCAGAAACAUCAGAAAAAAAAUGACUUCUUUUUUUGCUGGAUGGAUGGAUGACUGGUUGCUCCUCAAAGUUACUGACUUUAAAAAAAAAAAAAAAAAUCAAAACACACACACGGAUGGCACUUGAGGUAUGCUGGAAAAAAAGGGAAUUUAUUAUUAUUAUUAUUUUGGGUCAACACUGUUUCUGAGAACCUGAAAUGCCAUGUGGUUGUGAUGAUGAUGAUGAUGAUGGUUUUUUGCAAUCAGUUAAAGCAUUUAAUUCUGAAUAAUAUUCAAAAAAUUAUCGAAAAUAACAGCAAGUGGUGUAAAGUUUAAAGUACUGUAUACAAUAGCUUUACUUCUUAAUAAGAGUAGUCCUGCAGUCGCCUAUAGCAGAUGAUAUAGAGGUGUGUGUGUGUGUGUGUGUGUGUGUGUGUGUUAAAAAGAAAAAAGAAAAAAACUGCUGCUUUUCGCUUUUCACGUCAGGAAAGUUGCGUUUGGAGUUGAUCAUCUUCUCAGUAUUUUUUCCUUCUUUAAUUUUAACAUCCUGGUCAUCACUGUGAAAUACAGACUGGGGUUCUUAUUUAUGAAGGUACAUUGAUGAUGAUGAUGAUGAUGAUGAUGGUCAUGAUGAUGCAUAUAUAUCGUGUUUUUUUUUUGUUUUUUAAUCCGUGAUUAGGGUUUUGGGGAAAACAAGCUGCUUUGCGUUUAUACCCUCAAAAAUAUGUGGAGAUAUAUAUUUUUGGCAUUCUGUGUCCUAGCUUUCUUUCUUUCUUCCUUUCUUUCUUUUCUUUUUAAAAGUGUAUAGUUCUCGUGCUCGCUUCCACACACCUGUGUGACGUCACGAUGACAUCAGAAAGGUGUGUCGGAUCGACGGGACGCUAUUGAGCUCCUCAGAACCUUCAGGACCUUCACACUUUCCCCCUGUUGUGUGUUAUGGAUCUCUGCACCAGCUACCUCGACUUUAAAGUAUUCAACUUUUUUUUAAAGCCUAGUGAUCCGUCUCAUAACCUUCAUCGUUUCCUGUUGAAUGCCUGUUCUCCACAAUUUUAAUCUUCACUCGGGAUCAUUUCCGACAACCAAAACUCAAUCAAAAACCAUAAUGAUUACUAUUAUUAUUAUUAUUAUUAUUAUUAUUAUUAUUAUUAUCAUUAUUAUUAUUUGCAAGUCAGCCGAACGCUCAACUUUGUUUGUCGCCUGUUUGUUUGUGGCCUGAUUUUAUUAAAUGCAGGGAGUUUUUGUUGCACAUAAAAAAAAAAAAAUCACGGAGCCUUUAUUUUAUUCUUUGUUUUUUUUAUUAUUAUGAUUGUUUUUCACGCCCCCUCGUGCCUGCUCGGGUAACUGCAGGAUUUGUGGCUGCAGAGAGACAGACAGAGAGAGAGAGAGAGAGAGAUCACAAGAGACUACUGAGCACCACUCGACUCACAUACUGUUAAAGAAAGACUGAUGUGUGAUUUAUUGCAGGGAUGAAUAAUCUUCAGAUUUAAGAAAAAAACAAACAAGAAAUCACACGAGGAAACAGACCUGCGUUUGUGUUUGAGUUUCAGCCGGAUGUGUUUCAAUGCUGCUUUCAUUUACAUUUGUUUUGUUGUUUAUUUGUUUUGUUUUUAAAGCCAACAGCGAGUGAAAGAGGAGUAAAUGUGCAGUUGUAAACCUCCUGAAUGUGCGUGUGUGUGUGUGUGUGUGUGUGUUGAAUGCAUACCGCUGUUGAACUGGUUCUUGCUUGUCUGGCCCCGUUGAUAAGCCCUGGUUAGACUUAAAAACAUUUCUUUAAGUAAAAAAUAAAAUUAAAAUAAAACCUGGAGUAGAGUAACACCGAGAGUCUGAGGCGAUCCGAAUAAAAGACUAAAUAUGCAUGUCUUAAACUUGAUAACUUUUUUUUUUGUUGAAAUUUUAUUAUUAUUAUUAUUAUUAGGUUUUUUUUUUAAGGUUUUUUUAAAGUUGCACUGAUGACUGUUCACUCGUUGGCUUUGCGUCAACAUUUUUUUUUUUUUUCUAAACAGAAAAAAAGGAACACGACAUAAAAAAGCUCCAGGUUGUUUUAUUGUCAGUUGUGUACUUGUGUCUAUAUAUAGUGUAUGUGUAUGUGUAUGUAUAGAAAUAUAUCAAUAAAAAUCCAGGGCGCUUUCUUUUCCGAAGUGCUCUCCCUGUAUAAGGGGAAUAAAGAAUACAUGUGAUGGUAAGAUCAUUGUAAAGGGGGAAAAAAAAAUCAACCAAUUGUUAAGAAUUGCACGGUGUUGCGGUCAUUUCUGCUCUGAUUUUUGUCAUAACAUUUAUGACAUGGGGAGCCGAAGCGACUCGUUUAGGUGAAAGUGAAUUUGAAAGAGUGGAUUUUCUUUCUUUUUUUUUUUUGUGGACCAAGUUGUUGCGUCUCGUGAACGAAUUGUGAGUGACUCUAUUUUAUUUGUGAGUGUGAGUGUGUUUGUUUGUUUGUUUUGGACAUUUGUAACACUGUGAUAUGUCGUGUGCUCAGAUGACGGAGUGCUGUAAUAUGUUUUGUACGUUUGUGUACAAGCCAGUAAAGAAUUAAACCUUUAAAAAAGG